AUGGACCCUAUAUCCAUCACUGGUCUGGUGAUUGAGGUCAGCCAUGUGCUGGCCAGCCUCGUUCAAUAUGCGAAAACCGUGCAGAGCGCAAGUUCCGAAGUGCGGAGGCUCAGCGAAGAGGUGUUUGCACUGAAGGGGAUACUGGAUCAUCUUGCGACACAAACAGAGCAGGCCCAAUGCGAUGAGAAGAGCUCCGAGUUGCCUUUCUUUGACCGGGACGUGAUGUCAAGAGUGCUGUACACGGCACACGAGUUUAUUCGAACACUACUUGCCGAUCUAGAGACACCGGAGACCAAAUUCAAACAUCUCAAACGGAACCUCAAUUGGCCAUUUACCCAAAAGCAAGUUAAUGAGCAUCUCGUUAAGCUGGAGAGGGUCAAAUCUUGGUUGAUAUUGGUUCUAAUGGCAGACCAUAACACCGCGGACCAAGGCAUACAACAAGAGAUCAAUGAUUUAACGGUCGCCUUGAAGGAAGACUUGCAGAUUCGGGAGCGCGAGCGUAAUAAGAUGGCUAAUAAAGAGUUGCUGCAAUGGAUGGCCCCUGUCAGUCCAGAGACCGCCCAUUUGCGAGUAUCAAAGCGGUAUCGUAUGAGAACUGGUGAUUGGUUUUUGUCGGGCCACUUGAUGGAGUUCCUCAAGACCGAAGAAAAUCCUCUACUAGAGGAAAAUCGAGCUCUUUUCCUUCUGGGAAAAUACAAGCUUACUUCGCUUUCGUCUCAAGACCCAUCUAUAUGCGUGGCUUAUUUCUACUGCACGAUCGGUGAUCAUGCAUCCCAGGUUGCGAGAAAUGUCCUUGGAUCGCUCGUGGCCCAGUUGUCUGGUGCGGAUCCCUCUAUAUUAGACGACAUCAGGUCUACAUACAACAAAGUCCCGAAAAGUCAAGCACAUCGCUUUCCGGUGGAGAUCAGUACUCUCGAAGCUGCUAUUGUGAACUGUGCUUCCCGAAAAACGCAGGUUGUCCUCUUGGUGGACGCAGUCAAUGAAAGCAACGAUAUGGACCUGAUCGAAGAAUCCCUUGUCAGGCUCGCGAAUUCAUGCUCGAAUAUCCGCGUGCUUAUCACAACUACUAAUACACUGGUCUCCAGACACCACGGUGGAUCGGUUCUGAACAUAAGCAGAGAGGUGCGCGGGGAUAUAGAUAUAUUCAUUCGAUGGCGACUCAAUACCGAUGAGACCCUCAGAAGCCUGUCCCCGAAAUUCCAAUCGGAGAUCGAGAAGACCCUUCUACGCAAUGCAGAUAGCUCCUUCCGCUGGGUUCAGCUCUCGUUGGAUAACCUAAGUACCCAGCGCUCUAUCCGAGCAAUGCGCGAAGCACUCCGAAGUCUGCCAGUGACUCUGCGAGAAACUUACGCAAGCACACUGGGGAGAAUAGCACCCGCAGAUUGGAAGAUCGCUCGUGAAGCUCUCUUCUGGAUCAGCUUCGCGAAGAAACCACUGACGUUGCGUCGACUGAACGAAAUCGUCGUUUUGGAAGAGACGGACAAAGUUCUAGACGAAGAUAUGAUGCUUGUCCCUCCACACAUUCUCCUCCAAAUAUGUCAAGGCCUCAUCACAGAAGACCAAGAAGGCUGUGUGACCCUCGCUCACGCAUCUGUCAAAGACUUUUUGACAUCCGACUGGAUUCGCUCAUCCAGAGUUGACUACUUCUGUCUCGAUCCUACAACUGCAGAUCUAAAGAUUAUGAAGAAGUGUCUGACCUACCUGUGCCUCGACAAUUUCGCACAUGGAUACAACAUCAAAAAUCACUUGGCAAUGCGGGACAAUCACCCCUUCCUAACAUAUGCUGCAAACUAUUGGCCCGAGCACGGUGCAGCGUGUGGAUUUGGCGAUUUGGAUAUGAUCCACAAGCUUUUCAACACAAGGUUCCUUCCAGGCCGGGGUAAUUAUGGUACAUGGCUACAGACGUUAUUUCGACAGACCGCCUCGCGCGAACAGGAUCGGGCAACGAUUAACACCACACACCCCUUGUACUAUGCGAGCUCUUUCGGGAUGGCUCCUGUGGUGAAGUCCAUACUUGCGGAUCCAAAUAUCGACGUGAAUGCGCCGGGUGGCCGUGUCGGGGCAACGUCCGUGUGGAUAGCUAGUUUGAGAUUCAAUUACGAGGUCGUGGAAAUCCUCUUGGCUGCCGGGGCUGAUCCAACGAUUCGGGAUCCUGGAAGUGGACUCAAUGUUCUUGAUCUCCUGAGGAUGGUCCCGACCGCUGGCCGGGAUUAUAAUGCACUGAGGCCUAUUCUGGCGCAGCCGGCACCGUGGAAAGAGAAGACGGGAAAGGGUGGACCUCAAACGUGA